UCAAUAAUAAUAUUUUAUAUCUUUCAUUAAAAAUAUAAAAAGAAAAAAAAAUAUUUUUUCGCUCAUUUCACUGUGGUUUUGUAACUUCGUGAAUGUUGUCGUUCAUACAUCGUGUAAGUUCGUGAUAGUUCGAUUGUUUGAACUUAACCUUAUCAAUUUGAAAACGCAUAACCUAUUUCUCAUGCUUGUUCAGUGAUUUUUACAUACAUUCGUAUAUAUAUUCUAAAUAAAAUGAAGUUUAGACCAUAUACAGGAAUAACAUGGUCUCUGUUAGAGUUAGCAGGUCUUUUAGAAGAUGAAGAUUCACAUGUAUAUUUUGAACGUAUGAAAAAGCAUCUUGGAUUGCAUCCAUAUCAUAUGAAUGAUCUUGGUGCAGCAUUAAAUGAAAUAUUAAGUUCUGGUUUGAACGUAUAUGAUUCAGAAUUACAAGGCUUUCUUUUGGCUUACAAGAAUCCAAAAUUACUCACCACCCUUGGAGAUAUAUUUUAUGAUUCAUGUUUCAUUCAUAUUGACAUUGAAGCAGAUUUUUAUGUAUUCAGACCACAAAUUGGCCAUUUAUUAAAAGGCGUUGUUCAUAAAAAGGGCGCUAAUUAUAUUGGUGUACUUAUGCACAAAGCUUUUAAUGUCUCUAUACCUAAACCAGAGAAUGUAGAAAAUUGGCCAGGUGAUACGGUAAAUAUUGGACAAGAAGUUAGAUUUAAAGUUACAAAUUUGGAUUUUACUAGUAGAUUACCAUUUAUACGAGGGAUAUUAAAUGAAGCUGACUAUCUACAAGGUUGUAAAUUACCUGCACGUGCUUCUUCUAAUGGAACGUUCUAUGCAGUGCAUGAAAGCGACGAUACCGAUAAUUCAAAUGUGGAAAUAUGUCAGUCUACUAAAAAAAGGAAGAAAUUGAGAAAAAUAAAGAAAGAUAUAUCUUUGGAAGAACACUUAACGAAUAAAAAGUGUUUGAAUAAUCAAGAUACGGAAGACGAGGAAGAAGAAGAAAAUAAAAAGCAUUCUAAAAAAUGUGUAACAAAAUCUGAAUCAAAUGUUGAUGCAGAAAAUGAUGAACAUUUAAAUAUUUCUUACGACGAUGUGAGUUAUUUAAAUGGCAAUGAAAUAUCCGUUAAGAAAAAGAAGAAAAAUAAAAAGAGUUUAAAAAGAAAAUCAAUGGAUAUAUCAGAAUCAGAAUUUGAUUAUAGUAAUGUUACAAUUAAAGUAGAAAAAGAUACGUCUACUACUGAUACCGAAACCGAAUCGAAAAAAUACAUAAAGAAAUCUAAGAAACUUUCUAAAAAAUUGAAAUAUUCUAUGGAUGCCAAUGGUAGCAUAGAUUAUGAUGUACAAAAUGAUGUUCAAUUAGAAAGUGAAAAACAUUCCGAAAAUGAAUUUAAAAUACCAAUUAAGUUAGAGAAAUUAUCGAAGUCAAAUAGUAUCAAAGAGGAAUCAACGUGUCAUAAAAGCAAAUCUUCUAAAAAGCGAAUAAAAAAGUCUCUAACAGAUUCUGAAUCUGAAUUUGGUUAUGUUGAAAUUAAAGUGGAAGAUUGUAGCGAGACAGAAUGUACUCAACCGUACGAUCAUAAAAAACAAAAAGUUAAGAUUAAAACAGAAAAAUCUAUCGUUAAUAAUGAAACUGAUAAUGACAACAGUUUUAGUGAAUCAGGAAAGAAACAUAAAAGGAAACGUGCAGAAACUUCAGAAAUAGAAUUAGAUUAUGAAAAUGUAACAAUUAAGAAAGAAAAAUUAGAUGAUUAUUCGUCAGAUAGUACGUCGACAAAUAAAAAAUCUUCAAAAAAUAGACAUAGUAAUGAUGCAAAUUAUAAUGCCAAUGAUGAAUAUGACACGCAACAUGAGAUUAAUAUUAAAAAGUCACAUAAAAAAUCUAAAGUAAAAGUAGAUUUAGAAUUAGAACCUCAAGAAACAAAAAUAAAAACAGAAAGCAUACGAUAAAUAAUAAAUUUAAUGAUUAAAAUGUCGAAUAUGUUUUGUUCCAAUGGAACAAACUUGAAAGAUAAUAAAAUGUUUUCAAAAAAAAAAAAAAAAAAAAAAAAGGACUGUUUUAAAAGUGAAAUUAACGAAAAAGAU